AUGGGCUUCUUCAGCACGAGCGCCAGCUACUUCGCCUUCAGCGGCCUGCACCUGGUGUGCUUUGCCCUCGCCCUGACCGUCUGCGGCUUGUACGGCCAGGACCUGAACAAUGCGCACCACCUGCACAAGUACGCCGACUCGAAAUGGGUGUACGCGGUUGUCGUCGGCGCGCUCUCCGCAGUGACGUGCGUCGUGUACUUCAUCCCCUUCGUGCUGCGACACGUCGGCAUCGUGGCGGCCGUGUGGAGCCUGAUUCUCUUCAUCCUCUGGAUCGCCCUGUUUGGCGUCUUUGGCGCGCUCUACAUCAAGGAGGACCCAGAGGGCGACGGCGGCAUCAAGCGGAUGAAGAGCGCGGUCUGGGUUGACCUCGUCAGCGCCCUGCUGUGGCUCAUCUCGGCUGUGUCCGUCUUUGGCUACUGGUGGAAACACCGCGAUACGCGCUCGCAGUUUACCGGACGUGCCCACGUCUAG